AGCAAGCACGGGAGAAGGUGGCGAGAGAGAGAGAGAGAGAGAGAGAGAGAGAGGAAGGGGUCGUUCGGGGGGGUUGAUGAGGCAGAUAGACGAGCAAGCAAAAGAGAGGAGAAGCUGUCAUAUGCACACCGCUUUAUUUUUUUCCCCGCAGCUCUGCCCCCGUCUGUCAACUGCCUGGCGGGGAUGACGGGUGGCUCGUUUUCUGGCGGCGCGGUUAUCUGAGCGAGGCUGGCGGCGGCGUUGACAGAAUCAGGGGCGGCAUCUUCGGCCACUUUCCUCAGCGGAGCAGCCUCAGCCUCCUCGGCCGUUCCCCCCCCGUCUGACGAGUGGGAGAGCUGAAGGACCCCCGCUGAUAGAGGCUUCUCUCUGUCAAGGCAGUAAGUAGGGGAGGGAGAGAACUCUUGAGUGUGUGUGCAUCAGAAAGAGAGAGAAAGUGUUUUGAGUCAGAGGGCGGCGAGAGGAUGUUGGAAGCGUGCGUGGCAAUGAUGUGCGCGGUGCGUUGAGCUCAAAAAAGGUGCCAUGUGCGAUUGGCCAGCACGCCUCGUGGCAGCAUCAUCGCCCCGGAUUCGUGGAGAAGUGCUUCCUGCGCUCCAUCGGGAAUCUUUUACGGGAUUUAUCUCAUCUCGCUGGAUGGCGGCGGGGAGCUCUGUGCCUCUCUGAGAGAAGAGUCCGCAGAGAAAAAGCCACGGAUAAUAAGUAAAAUAAUUAUCCAAUCAGGGCACAGGGAGGCAGACCGGGUUCCCUUAGCAACAACUGAAGGAGAAGUCGUUUUCUCUUUCUGCUUGCUUUUUUUGUGUGUGUUUUUUUUUUUUUGGGGGGGUGGCGGGGGGGCACACCCAUAUGGACUGCUGUGGGUCAAGAUCGGUGUGACUCGCGCCGACCCCGAUCCCAGGAAGAGUUUCUGCUUCUCAACUGUAACUGUGUCUGAUCUGCGCCAUGAUUUCUACCACGAGUCACGUUUAGCUCAGAAAUCCAAUUCAUCCUGAUCCCACGCCACCUGGAAUAAAUCCUUUUUUCAAGGUGGGCCAGGAUUCUUUAGGAAAAAAACUCCACCACCUGUCUGCCUAUGGACUAGAUGGACAGCAUCAUUAAGUUGUCCAGAAUCUCUGAUUUUGGAUGUCCUUUGGAAUACCUGUUUUUUUUCCAAGAAAACUAUUUAGAAGAGAAUAAUCGGGGGUGCUGUAUCACACUUUUCUAAGGUAGCAUGAGGGCUCCAGCUGAAGCCUAAGUAUAGAAAUAUGUUCUAAAUAGCCUCUCCUCUAAAACAGUUGAGUUGUACACUCUGACACAUGAGAUGAGUUGGCUCAGCGCGAUUAUGUAAGAUUUUCAUUCCGGCCUCGGCACAUGUUUUUUGUUUUUUUUUGGUGCCUCUUUCUUUUUUUUCCCCAUGGAUUUACCGCGUUUGAUUUCGCCCACGCUCGUAUUCUUCCCGUUUCCGGACGAAUGUCGUGGAUGUCAGCGAGUGGCCCUGUGGCGAGGAAAGGCGUUUUGGUCGUCCGGGUGCUUUUAAGAUGUUGAGGUCUCCCUGCGUGGCCGGGGCCCCUGUUCGGAUCAGUAGCACUGAGGCUCCUCGUAGCCAAAGACAUGGACCCCGACUCGGCUCCCCCACGCCCUCAGCCCGUUGGCCACUGGCCCCACGUCCCCCUGUGAAGGAUGUCCCUCAGCAGAGCUCCGGCCCGGGACACCUCUGAGACCCCCAGCCCGAGAGAACGCAUCCGCAGCCACAUGAAGAUGGUGAUUGACCAGCUGGAAGGAAUCCUCAGAGAGCUCAAGGAUGUGGCCAAGGAACUCCGGGAGGUGGUGGGUCAGAUCGACAAACUGACGUCGGACUUUGACUUCGACCUGGAGCAAGAUGACUGGACGGUGGCGACGGCGAGCAGCACGUCCAGCAGCGAGCGCGGCCUGGGGGAAGCCUUCCGCCUGGACUUCCUCAACGCCGACGUGCUGUCCGACAGCUGGGAGUUCUGCAGCUACCUUGAGGCCGCCGGUGCUUGCGCCCGCGCGCCCGGCGAGCCGCCCCUGGGUUACCCCAGGCCGCACACGGGUCGCGGGACCAUACCCACUCAGACGCACACCCCGCCCCCCAUCGCCACCGCCUCCGUCUACUCCCAGAUGAACGGCGGGCUGCCCAUCCCGAACGGACCUCGCAUCAUCACUCCCGAUUCAUCCAGCGAGGAGGCCUGCAGCUCCACGCACAGCCACAAAACCAGGGAGAGGGUCCGCUUCAGCGACAAAAUCCUCUACCACGCCUUGUGCUGCGACGACGACGACGACGACGAAGAGGAGCAAGAGGACCUCCGAGACGACAAGAGCGGCUGCGCCACGCCCGACAGCGACAGCGAGCAGAGCCUGGUGGCCGAGCCGGUGGGCCCUAAACGCUCGUCCUCCGAGCACUCGCUCCUCCAUAACUGCCUUGACCCUUCUUACGUGCCGCUGUCGGCGAGAAGCAUGACGGGAGCGCACACGUUACCCAGGAAAGGCCUGCUGAACCCGGGCUGCCGCAAAAAACUCCUGCGAAACAGCAGCACGCAAACUGUGUCGGAUAAGAGCACCCAAACUGUACUGCCCUAUGUUCCAAACAAACAGAAAGCAAAGGAGCACUGAGCCAGCCCUGAGUUUAUCCUCCAUCUCACCACCAAGGACUGUGCAUUAUUUAAUAUUAAAUACAUAGCUAAUAGAUUAUUACACAAACAAAUCAGUUACUAAAUAAAUAAAUGAUAUAUGGGAAGAAAAAUCACGCGCCUUCUUAGUCAUUCCACGAGGAGGUCGGAAGCAAAUAUCUGGAUUUUUUUUUUUUUAGCCGUUGGAAGCGCUCCUUUUAC